ACGGCGCGCCCCCUGCCUCGGUGGGGCAUCAUCACCACAACAACGUCCCCACCGGAUCCGUGGUCUCCGCCCAGAUGGCGCUCGUGGAGACCUCGGCGCGGAGGCAGCAGCAGGAGGGGCACCCGCACGCGGCCCAGACAUCGCGCCUGCCGCGGCACCUCGACAUUGGGGCGGCUUCGACAUCGAGCCGUCCAAGGCCAAGCAACUUCACCUCGUCGAUUCCAAGGCAUCUUGUCGAUCGGAAGGACAUCAGGCCGCUGCUUACAUCCACUCUGUCAGCUGAACAAGUUGUGCGCCUGCUUCAAUCAAGGGACGACCAAGUGCAGCGCAUUGUGCUCGGCCAUGUCAGGUCACGUAUCGGCACUAUGAUGGCCGACAAAGAGGGCAGCAAGGUGUUCCUCGCGCUACUUCAUAACUCAAGAGGGAAGUGGCAGGACCUGGAGUCAAUUGUACAAGGGGUGGCGGGGGCCCCUGCGCUGAGAACAAAAAACAAUGAAGAAUUUGACAACUGGAUAAACUCUCUUAGGUCGGUGAUCACAACGGUGGCAGAGCAACCCUUACUGAUAAAGAUGCUGCUCAACAGUUUGCUCAACAAAAGGCUCAUGGACAGCGCCCGAGAAGAGGAAUUGACUAAGCAUCUCUUUAACAUCGUGUCCAUCGAGAUUCUAUGCGAGCAUGGCAUCGAGUGCUUGACCAGCAACAGAGAAUAUGCAAGGCAUGUGUCAGGGUUUUUGAUCGAGCUUUAUGGGCGUGCUUCAGGAAAAUUUCUCAGAGAUAUUGAAGACCUACUAAUUGAGAAUGCCAUGGGCUUGGCGGUCGGAGCCUACAGGUACUACAAUUUAUAUAAUGCCCUUUCUAGAUUGUGUGUUGUGAGACCCUUUCAAGAUUGUGUGUUGUGAGUUGUGACCCCUUUGACGUGGUGCAUCCAGCAAUUAUUUGCUCCAGCACGUACUCAGGAAAUGCAGCCCUGAGAUGAAGAAGCGACUCAUGGAGAAGCUGGCACAGGACAUUGUCUAUUUGUGUGCAGAUCAGCAGGGCGUAUCCGUGAUGCAGUGUUACUUCAAGCUACCUGAUGCGUCCCUUGACACUGAAACGAUGCGUCUUGUUCUGGAUUCACUGAUCGGCCUCAACGACGAUCGACUUUCUGCGAUGGUAAACGGAACUCAUUCAAGUACCGUCAUCUGUGAGGCACUAAAGAAGAGGCAGUGCAGUCAUGAGGUGAACAGGAAGGUGCGCGCACUUGCACUAAGGAUCAACCAGCUUCCGGAGGUCGCCCUACAAGAGAACGAGUCGUCCAAGGCAGUUCUGCGGUUUGCCGCCUGAGCGCUAAGAUUUGUCAAUCCCAACAUCCCCAACCUCCACGACAAUUAGAGCAACCUUGGAUUGGCAAAACGAUAACUGUCUCCUCUAUUUUGCUUGUCCCUGCCUGUCGUCCAUGCUGUCUGGGAUAUGAUUGUUCUGUAAAUUCGUUGUUUUGCAUGUAUGUUGAUUGUGCUACAAACUCAAAAGUUUUGUAUUCAUCAAGUGCGCUUCCAUCAGAUGUUUGUCUGACAUUCUUAUUACUAUCUGCUGCCGGCUUGAACGAAAUUGUACGCUAAACUAAACUGACAACAGCCAAAAUUAGUGCCAG